UUCUUAGGCCCAGAGGAUCUUUUUUUCCCUGUUAAUCAUGUCGAAACCUAGGCUUUCAUUGGCUCUCGGGUGGUAUUCUCGCGUGAAAUAUGGUCCUAUGAAUUGGAAUGCCACUGAUGCCAACCGUAGGAACUGCGGUUUGGACGCAGUAGAGACCAAGGACGAGCAGUGGGAAGAUCUGCCGUUUUAAUCAUGUCUUCGCUUAUGUCUUAUUUAACAGAAAGUUUCAUGGAAAGAUGGAGCCAAGUUCGUUGCCUAUUAGGAUUUACAGAUGGUUUUCAACAACAGUGGAUUGACUGCCCUUCCGUUCUCUCAUGAGAAAUCUAGGGUAGCCAUCCCCUCACAAAGAUCUUCUUUAUUCUCUAGCCUUCUCACAUCCCUAGCCCCUCCGACACGUACCGAGAUUCAGGCUUGUUGGGAGCUCUGUCGACUUCAGAAUGGUAUGGGCUGCGCUACCGUUUUCUUACCCGUAGCGUGGUCACUUGCUAUGGUAUACCACGCCUAUCCCGAACUUAGCGGGAUCAAUGUUCUACACCGUGCAGCACUUUACUUCUUCCUCUGUAUCGGUAUUAAAUCCCUGAUUAUGACUAUUGAUGAUAUCCUCGACUAUGAUAUCGAUGCUCACGUUGAACGCACUAAGAACCGCGCCAUUCCCCGAGGCGCGAUCAGUAUAGAACGUGCCUGGUUGUUCUUUGCCCUCCAGGUCGUUGUCGGUGUUUAUUUGGCCAAUAUCUUCUUAAGUCCUGACGCUCGUCACAUUUCCAUGACUGUUUGGCCGUUAUAUGUUUUGUAUCCCACGUGCAAGCGAUGGAUGUACUUUGCUCCCAUUCCACUGGGGUUGAUGUUCAACAUCGGAAUAUUCAUGGGCUGGGCCGAUCUUACACCUGACGGUCGUAUUCCUUGGGCGUCCCUUACAGUCGCCUACAUCGGUGCCAUCCUUUGGACAAUCACCUACGAGACUGUAUAUCAGCACCAGGAUAAGCUCGAUGAUGUCAAAAUCGGCAUGAAAUCUCUAGCCAUGUUCUGCGGGGAAUACACCAUCCCUGUUUGCGCCACCACUACCAUUGGAUUUGCGUUCCUCAUGUCGUACGGUGGCCGUCUCAACGAGCAGGGCCUGCCAUAUCACUUCGCCAUCGCGAUCUCGGCAGGUAUUCUGCUCAAGGAGCUGCUCUCAACCAACAUCGACGACCCUAGGCAAUGUAUGAAGUUUUUCCUCCGCACCCCGAUGAUAGGAAACAUCGUCCUGGCAGGACUGGUUCUUGACGGGAUCCUUCAGCGUGCCGUCAAUGGAAUUCCCUUGUAGAGUGUUUCGGCUCACCUUUUAUUGUACUAGUAAUUUUUCCCGUAUUUAGUUGUGUAUGCUUAAGCAGUGUCCUUCAACGUGGACAGCGAACCCGAUAUUCAAUAUUUAAACUACUGUGUUGAUGCUGCACCUUA